AAAACAAGAAACAAGUCUACCUAAUUACUCGGUUUUCAUGUCGAUCAAUAUCAAGCCUUUCUUCGUAAGUGCGAAUGUUCACAAUUCACAUAAUUACAUCAGGGAUCUGCGAUCGCGCUGUUUUGCUGAUCAAGAAAAUAAAGCAAAGGAAACGAACCUGGACCUGGUUGGCGGUUUUGUUCUGGAGCCGAUUGGACCAAAUCGCAAAAUGGGCAAACUUGCUAAUUGUAAGUCGGAGUCGGAACCACACUGUGUCUCGAAAAACAUCAUGAAAGUGCAGAAUCUGGCGAGAAUACACAGAAUUGAGAGUCACCAUCCGAUGGAGAAUGAAAAGAAGCUUCUCGUUCUUGAUCUUGACCUGACUCUAAUUAGUGGAAGUCACAAGGAACGACCCUUCCUGCAUCAGUUUCUGACCCACACAUACCAGCACUACAACCUCGUACUUUGGUCCGACUCGAUGAUGUAUCGGAUUCGAAGAAUCCUCAAAAAGCUGAAGAUGCACCGCCACGAAGAUUACAAAUUCAGCUUCUACAUGUGCUGCAAUUCCGUGGUGUAUGUUCAGAAGGGCAGGCGGGAGAAAAAAUGCAAGCCACUUGAGUUGAUUUGGCGCCAAUUCCCUGCAUGGGGACCUCACAACAGCAUCAUCAUCGAUGACAUGGCAAGAAACUUCUUGAUGAAUCCGCAGAGCGGACUGGAAAUCGAAAAGUUCAGGGGCGGCGAGGACGACACGUUGCCUCAGCUUGCAAAGUACCUCGAGAAGAUUGCCGGCAUGGACAACUUCAGCACCCUGAACCACAAUGAAUGGCAAAAUGUUUAAAAGCUAAACAUACCGAAACCCGAUUUGGUUCCAAUCAGUGAUGAGACAAUUGUACAAAUUAAACAUGUUUAAUAUUUUCAGUUCAUUACGUGGUAUGUAUAGAACAUAAUUACAUAAUUAUCAUAUGAUUUCCUGAUAUGAAUAUUGUGGAAACUAUAAUCUUCAUCGAGCAAAAAGAAGGGAAUGAUAAAACCUAUAUUUUUACAAUAAAAUUUCCAAAUGGAUAAAUCUGACUUGAAUAACCGAUUUGUUUGAGGAAGUUGACAAUCAAGGAGAUGAUCAUGGAAAUGAAGAAGUCUGGCUUGUCCUUGUAGUAAAAAUUGUUUUUAUUCUAAAUAAAUGGCUCUUACCAGUUUCGGUCACAGUCUGCGACCCUAUUUCAUGAGCAAGAAAAAUACAAAAAAUCGGCUUAAUUGAAAAUACACCACAUUUUAGCAU